UGCAUGUUCAAAGGUAGUUCGACCAAUUGCAAAUCUGAGUUUUUCCGCUUCUUCCUUCCCAUGUGAGUAUUGACUUUCCCUGUCGCAGCAGACGAAUUGGUUUUGCUUCCGUUAGAUUUACAUGCGAAACCGAAAUCUAUGUCUCUGCACAGUCCAUCCACGUUUCAGGUUUUCUGCGGUCGUUGCGCCGCCAGCCGGCCAUGCCCACGGCCUUGGGUCGUCAAACCUUCGCAUAUGCACACGGUAAAUAAAUUCUGAUCUCUCAUGAGUCGACGCUCUACACAGGUGCGCACAUGUAUCUGCAGUAUUUCCUCUUUGCAAAGGUUUCCCCCUUUUCAAGACAAGACAGAACGGUGACCCCCCCGCCAGUCACAGGAACCGUGUCUCCAUCAUCGCUGUCUUCGACUUCCUUUUUCGAGCUGAGCAUGGUCGUUUUCUCUCACCGUGCGUCUCUCUGUGGAACCCUUCCCAUGUGUAAACCUUCAGUGAGGCGCUUCCCUCGUCCCUCGCUUUUCCAUGCCUCCCAUGUCGGCCGUGUGUUUAGAGUUCGUCGAUACACUCGUCUCUUUUCUGGAAGCUUGUCUCCAUCAUCUGCUGUGUCUUCGUGGUGUGUAUCCCUCUUCUCUCUUUCGUCGCGUCCGCCUUUUCGGCCAGUUCGUCUGGUGGAGUCAUGCGAAAGCGGUUUCGUCGUACAUUCGGGAACUGUGUCUGUCUUUGCGUGAGAGUCUCCGCCGCCGGCUCCUCCCCUCCAUUCGCCUCGUCAUUCUCGACCGAAACGACGCCCUUCUUGAGUGGUUUGACUUUCGCUUCUCUUCCGAGCCUGCCUCCGCCGCGUUUCUCUCCUCUCCGCGUUUCUCUGUGAAACUGCCAGGCGGGCAACGAGACGGAGAAGACGGCAGAAGACACUCUGGAGGGCCUGCUGCAGCCAAGUCGCAGGAGCUGGGCUUCAGUCACGGAGGAAGAACAGAAAAAUCUGUGCUUCACCAGGAUGCGAAGACUGGCGAAAAGCUGGAGAACGCCCAGGGAGGCGACGCAGACCGUCACCGCCGCCGGCGAAGAUGCAGAGAUUUCAUGGAAACGACGCUCGAGGCUUGCUCGGAAACAGGAGAUGACGAAAACAGCGAGCGCGCAAAGAUCCCGAGGGAAACGCGCCUGGCCUGUGACAAGACAAGACAAGAAAACGCCUUUGCUGAAGGUCGAGAUCCAACAGGGAAGAAGGAUGCAUUCUUCGCUUUUCCCUCGGCGCCGGCAACACUCGUUGACCACUGUCGAGACACUCUAAAUCGCCUCGAGUUCAGCAGCUUCUGGAUCGACGACUUAUGCGAAGACAGCGAAACAGAAGAAGAAGGUGGACGAAAGACUAGCGACGAGGCACCCAGGAUCCGACGCAUGGAGACCCAGAAGGCGGCGCGAUCAACUUCGCCGGGCAUUCGCCGUGUUCGGGGUCGGAGGAAAGCAUGCACAUUUUGUGUUUUAGUGGAAAUGGACCAGACUGUCCUCUCUCGCUUCGAGGCUCGGAAAAACGCAGCGAGCUGCUCACGCAGGGUUCCUUUGGCCGCCGACGAGGAUCUACAUGCCAUCCAGAGACUUCGGUGCAGCUGGAUGCCUUCCUUCUCUUUUUCUUCUCUCUCCGCUUCUUCGUCCUCUUCAGCUUGCCCCGGCACUGUGGGUUCUCCCGUGUCUGCGCCGUCGCCAACGAGGCCGAUUGACCGGCUACAAGAAAGAGAGACAGCUGUCCUCGUCUCCGCUUUCCCCUUCUCUUUCGAUUCUACAGAAAAUACAUACACUUCUGCCGCCUCUUCUCUCCGCGACGUCUCUGCACGAGGCUUUCUAGCGGUCUUCGCGGGGGUGCCGACGAGAAGGAAGCAAGACUUCUUUCGUUCUUCUGUCUCGAAAUUCCCCGACGGCAACUGCGAGAAAGUCUGUGAUAUCGCUUCAGCCAGUGACGCGGAGGAAGCAGUGGACAAGACAGAGAUGGAGAGAGAGGAUACAAGGGAGAAGAAGAGCGAGGAGGCAGAUGAGCAGAGAACGGGUGUUGUGACAGACCCAUGGAUAGCAGCGGCUGAGCUCGUCGGCUUCUCCCGAGAAGAUCGACAGUGAGGGUUUCCGUUGUGUUUUCUCUCGCGUGGGUUUUCUUUCUCUCUCCACGAAAAAAACUUUAUGGCUGCGGACUCAGAGAGAAGAAGAGACACUGCAGUUUCUCGAGACAAAAGGCAGACAGACGACCAGCCAGUGGAACAGUGUGUGGCGUAGAAACCGGUACAGGAGGAGUGAAAGCCACAAGCAAGAAGGAAAAAUGCCUGCAGUGUUGCUCUCACAUCCAGGGAGCAUUUCUGACCCUUUCCAAAGCAGAGGGAAAAGCGAGUGCUACUAUUCACGGCAUCGCACUUACUUGAGCUAAAGGCGAUGCAUCCCAGAUGUUUCGCGACAACGAAACACAAUCAGAAUUUGGUGUACGGUUUAGGGAAUCCUUCUUUCCUGUUUCAGUCUCUGUCAGACGAGGCGCAGAUUUCUCUUUCUGUCAAACAGUAUCUGUUGAGCAUACCUUUCCAGAAAUCUCUGUCAGUCGAUAUGUCCGGUGGUCUCCUCCGUGUCUAAACAGAUCACUUAUGGACAAAAAAUGAGCAAUUCUACAACCGUUUGUUGUUUCCCCC